CUCUACCUUUCCUAUACAAGGUGAUUUAUGGAUAAAGUAUAUAUACGUAUGUGGACUCGCGUACGCGGCAAAAUGUACAAUUUUAUAUAUUGUUUUGCGGUAUCGGAAUAUUGAAACGUUGAUUUUAAUAGAAACGAUUAGGUGCUAUCAAUAAAAUGGAUAAAAUAGAAAAUUUACAAAAAUAUUUUCAAGAAUUUGGAUGUAUCGUUGAAGACAAUGGCGUUCUUGACAAAUGCAUAGAACUUUGCAAUAUAUACAAUGUGGAUGAAGAAAAACUUGUGGAGAUGUGGUUAGGAUAUAGUACUUCUACAUUUAAUGAAGUCGAUAUUACUUUGGAUCGAUUAAUAAAAUUGGAGCAUGACUUAUUAAAAAAAGAAGAUAAGAGUAAUAACGUAAACAGAAAUGGAGAGUUUUUAAAUUCAAGGAAUGUUACUACAGAUUCAUUGAAACAAAUAAUUAGUGAGAGCGAUAACAUUCUUGAAAUGUAUGGUUGCGAUGGAGUCAAAACACCAACAACAACAGUGGGCAAAAGGCUACGAAGUCCGGAGUUAUUGUCGGAAAAUCAAGAUGGUAAAGUACGUGCCGCGGAUACGCAUUUUUCACCCGUCAGUUACGUAACGAAAGCGGAUACUCCGUUCAGAUAUCCCGUUAAUGUCGACACGGGAAAGGUUUUAUUGUUUUUUGGAAAAGAAAUCUCAUCGUGGAACAGAGAGUUCGAUUACGAUGUGGAAAUUAUGCAAUUAGGCGAAGGCGUCCCGGCCAACAUAAUGUACAUGUUCGAAUUACUUCACAGUCAAGGAUCAAUGCUCAGGACCGUUUGUUGUGACGUAGGAGAACGUUUGUGUAAUAUUUGGGCGAAAUUAGAGAACGUCGAUAUACAUUACACGAAGGAUGUAAUGUUUCAAAGUUUAACAAAUUUUCGAACGUGGGGCCGAAUUCUUUGCGAUGCUAAUACCAAAUCCGAUAUCACGAGUUACAUGCUAGAGGGUUGCAAGUGGUCUUAUCACGAUAAUAAAACAUCUGUCGUAUCUUUGAACUUAAGCGGUGUAAAGCAGUAUUCCUUAUAUCCGGGUCAAAUCGUGGCAGUCGAAGGAACAAAUCCAACGAGAAAUGUUUUAAAUGCGAAACGAUUUUUUACUAAAGGCUAUGCUAGUAAACCCGAACCACCUAGACUUACAAAAAGUUUAAAUAUUAUGAUCGCGGUUGGUCCGUUCACACCGUCGGAUAAUUUGUGUUAUCAACCUUUGUUCGAUAUUAUGGAGCGCGUAGCGAAGGAAGAGCCUCACCUAUUAAUACUCAUUGGACCGUUCGUUGAGUAUAGUCAUCCAGAAGUUAAGAGUACUUCGAUCAAAGAAACAUUUCAAGAACAUUUUGAGAGAUUGCUUGUAAAAGUUAUGCAAUAUGUUUUAGGAAAACUUGUUAAAGUUAUAAUGGUACCAUCGUAUAGAGAUGUUCAUCAUAGUCCCGUUUUUCCAACCCCCGAAUUUCUCAUUAAUAAGGACAAAAUACCGUUAAAUGGUGAAAAUCUUUAUAUGAUGCCAGAUCCUUGCAUGUUGGAUAUAGAAGGUUUGAUAAUCGGUAUAACAUCGGUCGAUAGUAUUAAACAUAUAGCAAAAGAAGAAAUUUCAAACCUGCCAACAACGGAUAGACUUAUUCGCAUAGCCGAUCACAUAUUGUCUCAACGUUGCUUUUAUCCGUCCUAUCCUCCUGCUAUAAACCUCGAUACGAAAUUGUGGAAAAAAUACGCUUUCUUCGAUCUACAACCGCACAUAUUGAUUUUGCCAUCGGAUAUGCGUUAUUUUUGUGGCGUAAUCAAUGAUUGUCUCGUUAUAAACCCUGAACGAUCGAUCAAGUAUACGUACGCAAGGUUGUGUAUUAGACCAAACGAACAAUGGAAUCCUCAUAACGUAUCUUGUGAGAUAGGAAAAAUUUGAGAACAUUAUUCGUAGUAUCUGUUUGAUUAUCAUAUCACGUUAUAUAUUUAUUUAAGGAAAUAAUUUACAUUUUUUUCUUUUCUUUUUUUGUACAGUUAUUUUUUUCCAAUUAAAAAAAGAAAAGGUCACUUUCACUUUUUAAACAAAUAUCAUUCAAAUACUUUUAUAUAUUACUUAAGAUUCAAUCACCUUCAAAAGUUGUAUUUUUUUUUUAUAAUAUGCGAAAUAAGUAUCUUCAAUUUACAUAGAAGUAACUUCUUAUCAAUUGGUAAUGUAUCUUACGAAUAAAAAUCCAUUAUGAAACUUAAA